AUGGAAGAGGAGGGAAGUGAAAUGCGUGUGCUGCUGGGCUCUGGAGCGUCCCUGCGCCGGCUGCUGGGGCUUUGGUGGCCCCAGAGGGGGCGUGGCCGCUUCCGGGCUGCCGCCUCCGCCUCUGUGACGCUGCUCUUUCUCGCCUGGCUGCCGUCUUUCACCGCCCUAAAGCUCAUCAUGGACACCUCACAGGAGCUGGACGAGAUAGCACUCUGCUGCCUCGUCAUUUUCGUCUCUUUCGGAUUUGUGACCAAGGUAUCGUUCUUCAUUUACCAGAGUAAUACUCUACACUAUCUGCUGCGAGUGCUGUAUGAAGCCAGGAGAUUCAACAGGCAAGGAAAAGACAGCGAGGACAUCCGCCACCAUUACCAAAGACUGUCACACCACAUGUUCAUCUUUAUGGAGGUGUCCAUGAUACAGGCUCUCGCUGGCUGGGUCUCCACGCCUCUACUGACCCGCGCUUUUCUGACAUCCGACGACGAUUCUGUUGAAUCCUCUCGCCAGUUUCCCGUGCCUCUAUGGUUCCCUGGAAAUAUAUACUUGUCACCAACAUACGAAAUACUUUAUAUUGUUCAGUUCCUCUGUAUAAUAGUGGCGCCUCAAACUUCGAUUUGUAUAGAUGUUUUCUUCAUACACAUGAUGUUGAUGGUUGCAGCAGAGCUAGAAGUUUUGAAUGCCAAUAUUUCUGCUAUGAAGAAAGUUAAACUAAGAUUUCAGAGUUCUGAGUAUCAGGAGCAGAGACCAUGGAAUAAAGAAAAGCAUGAAGAAGUGGACAUUAACGGUUACUCUCUAGUUUCUAACACUGGCAGUUCAUCGACGGAGGAUGUCUUAGACGAAAAUAUGAAUCUGCUACUAGUGAAGAACAUUCAGCACCACCAGAGUGAGAAGUUGAGCAACUCGGCCGUCAGCUGUGACUGGACAGACUGCGACACCCGCUUCAAGAGAAGCCUCUUCGUCUUCUUGACAGUGGCUGGGCGGCCUCUGGAGAUCAUAGUGGGCAAGACGAGCAAGCUGUCGAAGGAGACGCUGGUGCAGGACGUCAGCUUCCUCGUCGCUGGGGCCAGCGACGGCACAGCUGCUGAGAGUCUGCGGGUCGAAAUAGUUUACUCUGGGACAGAGAACUUUAUAAAUAAUAUGGCCUUUUGUAAUUGA